CUCCCUUGUUCUCGCUUCUUCUUCCCGGGGUUUAAGCAGGGGCAGAUAGAGAGAGAGAGAGAGAGAGAGAGAGAGAGAGAGAGAGAUGAACAAGGACAAGAUCUUUAAGCUCGCAAAGGGAUUCAGAGGGAGGGCGAAGAACUGCAUAAGGAUAGCAAGGGAGAGGGUGGAGAAGGCGCUCCAGUACUCUUACAGGGACCGUCGUAACAAGAAAAGGGAUAUGCGUUCUCUCUGGAUCGAACGUAUCAACGCCGGGACUCGUUUACACGGUGUGAAUUAUGGUAACUUCAUGCAUGGGCUGAUGAAAGAGAACAUCCAGCUCAACAGGAAGGUGCUGUCAGAGCUGUCUAUGCAUGAGCCAUAUAGCUUCAAGGCGCUUGUUGAUGUUUCCCGCACCGCAUUCCCUGGAAAUAAGGUCCCCAAGAAGGAAGGCAUCUCGAUAGUGGUAUGAGUCUCUUGAUCCCCUCGGCCCCCUCCCAUAUUCUUACAUGUUGAAUCGCUGUUCAUGCAGCCCUCUCAAAUUGAAAGUUUUGGAGCUUGAAUCAAUAGAUUAUGUUGCAGAUCUUUAUGAACACUGAACACCUGAUGUUCUGAUGAUCUCCCCAAGUAGUAAUUUCUCAGUUUUAAUAGAAGUAGAAGAAAAUUAAGAGAUGGAUA